CCGCCCGCCCCCCAGGCCGCCCGCGCGCCUCCUCGGGCUCCUCGUGUCCCGCCACACCAGGCAGCCUCUUCUGGGUUCGGGCGCUUGCACACCAUGGCCCCGGGGCGGACCUGGGCCGGCGCCGCUGUGCGCGCCCGCCUGGCGCUGGCCUUGGCGCUGGCGAGCGUCCUGAGCGGACCCCCCGCUGCCGCCUGCCCCACCAAGUGUACCUGCUCCGCAGCUAGCGUGGACUGCCACGGGCUGGGCCUGCGCGCCGUUCCCCGGGGCAUCCCCCGCAACGCAGAGCGCCUUGACCUGGACAGAAAUAACAUCACCAGGAUCACCAAGAUGGACUUCGCUGGGCUAAAGAAUCUCCGAGUCUUGCAUCUGGAAGACAAUCAGGUGAGCAUCAUUGAGAGAGGCGCCUUCCAGGACCUGAAGCAGCUGGAGCGAUUACGUCUGAACAAGAACAAGCUCCAGGUCCUUCCAGAGUUGCUUUUCCAGAGCACACCAAAGCUCACCAGACUAGAUCUGAGCGAGAACCAGAUCCAGGGCAUCCCGAGGAAGGCGUUCCGGGGCAUCACAGACGUUAAGAACCUGCAACUGGACAAUAACCACAUCAGCUGCAUUGAAGAUGGAGCCUUCCGAGCGCUGCGCGAUUUGGAGAUCCUCACCCUCAACAACAACAACAUUAGCCGCAUCCUGGUCACCAGCUUCAACCACAUGCCGAAGAUUCGGACUCUGCGUCUCCACUCCAACCAUCUGUACUGUGAUUGUCACUUGGCCUGGCUCUCAGAUUGGCUACGACAGCGGCGGACAGUUGGCCAGUUCACCCUCUGCAUGGCUCCCGUGCACCUGAGAGGCUUCAAUGUAGCAGAUGUGCAGAAGAAGGAGUACGUGUGUCCAGGUCCCCACUCCGAGGCUCCAUCCUGCAAUGCCAACUCCUUGUCCUGCCCUUCUGCUUGCACGUGCAGUAAUAACAUCGUGGACUGCCGAGGGAAGGGAUUGACAGAGAUCCCUGCCAACCUGCCAGAGGGCAUCGUGGAAAUACGCCUCGAACAGAACUCCAUCAAAUCCAUUCCUGCAGGAGCCUUCACCCAGUACAAGAAGCUGAAGCGAAUAGACAUCAGCAAGAAUCAGAUAUCGGACAUAGCUCCAGAUGCCUUCCAGGGCCUGAAAUCACUCACAUCGCUGGUGCUCUAUGGGAACAAGAUUACAGAGAUUCCCAAGGGACUGUUUGAUGGGCUGGUGUCUCUGCAGCUGCUCCUCCUCAAUGCCAACAAGAUCAACUGCCUGCGGGUGAACACCUUCCAGGACCUGCAGAACCUCAACCUGCUCUCUCUGUACGACAACAAGUUGCAGACUGUCAGCAAGGGGCUCUUCGCUCCUCUACAAUCCAUCCAGACGCUCCACUUAGCUCAAAACCCAUUUGUUUGCGACUGCCACUUGAAGUGGCUGGCUGACUACCUUCAGGACAACCCCAUUGAGACAAGCGGCGCCCGCUGCAGCAGCCCACGCCGGCUGGCCAACAAGCGCAUCAGCCAGAUCAAAAGCAAGAAGUUCCGCUGCUCAGGCUCCGAGGAUUAUCGCAACCGAUUCGGCAGUGAGUGUUUCAUGGACCUCGUGUGCCCUGAGAAGUGUCGCUGCGAGGGCACCAUUGUGGACUGCUCCAACCAGAAGCUGGCCCGCAUCCCGAACCACCUCCCUGAAUAUACCACUGACCUGCGGCUGAAUGACAAUGAAAUCUCUGUCCUGGAAGCCACUGGGAUCUUCAAGAAGUUGCCCAACCUGCGAAAAAUAAACCUGAGCAACAAUAGGAUCAAGGAGGUGCGAGAGGGUGCCUUCGAUGGAGCAGCAGGCGUACAGGAGCUGAUGCUGACGGGGAACCAGCUGGAGACCAUGCAUGGGCGCAUGUUCCGUGGCCUCAGUGGCCUCAAGACACUGAUGUUGAGGAGCAACCUGAUCAGCUGUGUGAGCAAUGACACCUUCACUGGUCUAAGCUCUGUGAGACUGCUGUCGCUCUAUGACAAUCGGAUCACCACCAUCACCCCUGGAGCCUUCACCACACUUGUCUCCCUGUCCACUAUAAAUCUCCUGUCUAACCCUUUUAACUGCAACUGCCACUUGGCCUGGCUCGGCCGGUGGCUGAGGAAGCGCCGCAUCGUCAGUGGGAACCCCAGAUGCCAGAAGCCCUUUUUCCUCAAGGAGAUUCCCAUCCAAGACGUGGCCAUCCAGGACUUCACCUGCGACGGCAAUGACGAAAGCAGCUGCCAGCUGAGUCCACGCUGCCCCGAGCAGUGCACCUGUGUAGAGACGGUGGUGCGAUGCAGUAACAGGGGGCUCCGUGCCCUCCCCAAAGGCAUGCCGAAGGACGUGACUGAACUGUACCUAGAAGGAAACCAUUUAACAGCGGUGCCCAAAGAGUUGUCUGCCCUCCGACAGCUGACGCUUAUUGACCUGAGCAACAACAGCAUCAGCAUGCUGACCAAUUAUACCUUCAGCAACAUGUCCCACCUCUCCACACUGAUCCUGAGCUACAACCGCCUGAGGUGCAUCCCGGUCCAUGCCUUCAACGGUCUCAGGUCACUCCGAGUGCUAACUCUCCAUGGCAAUGACAUUUCCAGUGUUCCUGAAGGCUCCUUCAAUGAUCUGACGUCCCUCUCCCACCUGGCCCUGGGAACCAACCCUCUCCACUGUGACUGCAGUCUGCGUUGGUUAUCAGAGUGGGUAAAGGCUGGGUACAAGGAGCCUGGCAUUGCCAGAUGCAGUAGCCCCGAGUCCAUGGCAGACAGACUCCUGCUCACCACUCCCACCCACCGGUUCCAGUGCAAAGGGCCAGUGGACAUUAACAUCGUGGCCAAAUGUAAUGCCUGCCUCUCUAGUCCGUGCAAGAACAAUGGCACAUGCAGUCAGGAUCCUGUGGAGCAGUACCGCUGCACCUGCCCCUACAGCUACAAGGGCAAGGACUGCACCGUGCCCAUCAACACCUGCACCCAGAACCCCUGUCAGCAUGGAGGUACCUGUCACCUGAGUGAGAACCACAAAGACGGGUUCAGCUGUUCCUGCCCGCUGGGUUUUGAGGGACAACGGUGCGAGAUCAACCCAGAUGACUGUGAGGACAAUGACUGUGAAAACAAUGCCACCUGUGUGGAUGGGAUCAACAACUACGCAUGCGUGUGCCCGCCAAACUACACGGGGGAGCUGUGUGACGAGGUGAUAGACUACUGUGUGCCAGAGAUGAACCUCUGCCAACAUGAGGCCAAGUGCAUCUCCCUGGACAAAGGGUUCAGGUGUGAGUGUCUUCCCGGUUACAGCGGGAAGCUGUGCGAAACAGACAAUGACGACUGUGCUGCUCACAAGUGCCGCCACGGAGCCCAGUGCGUGGACGCAGUCAAUGGCUACACGUGCAUCUGCCCCCAGGGCUUCAGUGGGCUCUUCUGUGAGCAUCCUCCACCCAUGGUUCUGCUACAGACCAGCCCCUGCGACCAGUAUGAGUGCCAGAACGGGGCACAGUGCAUUGUGGUGCAACAGGAGCCCACUUGCCGCUGUCCCCCAGGCUUUGCUGGGCCCAGGUGUGAGAAGCUCAUCACCGUGAACUUCAUAGGCAAGGACUCCUAUGUGGAACUGGCUUCCGCCAAGGUCCGGCCCCAGGCCAACAUCUCCCUGCAGGUGGCCACUGACAAAGACAAUGGCAUCCUUCUUUACAAGGGAGACAACGACCCCUUGGCACUGGAGCUGUACCAGGGCCACGUGAGGCUGGUGUAUGACAGCCUGAGCUCCCCUCCGACCACCGUGUACAGCGUGGAGACGGUGAACGAUGGUCAGUUUCACAGCGUGGAGCUGGUGAUGCUAAACCAGACCUUGAACCUGGUGGUGGACAAAGGAGCCCCCAAGAGCCUGGGGAAGCUCCAGAAGCAGCCAGCCGUGGGCAUCAACAGUCCCCUCUAUCUUGGAGGCAUCCCCACCUCCACGGGCCUCUCGGCCUUACGCCAGGGUGCAGACAGGCCGCUGGGCGGCUUCCACGGCUGUAUCCACGAAGUUCGUAUCAACAACGAAUUGCAGGACUUCAAGGCUCUCCCACCUCAGUCCCUGGGGGUCUCUCCCGGCUGCAAGUCCUGCACUGUUUGUCGGCAUGGCCUCUGUCGCUCUGUGGAGAAGGACAGCGUAGUGUGUGAGUGCCACCCAGGAUGGACUGGUCCUCUGUGUGAUCAGGAAGCUCGUGACCCCUGCCUUGGCCACAGCUGCGGCCAUGGGAAGUGUGUAGCGACUGGCAGCACAUACACGUGCAAGUGUGCAGAGGGCUACGGGGGAGCCCUGUGUGACCACAAGAACGACUCUGCCAAUGCCUGCUCAGCCUUCAAGUGCCACCAUGGACAAUGCCACAUCUCAGAUCACGGGGAGCCCUACUGCCUAUGCCAGCCUGGCUUCAGCGGCAAUCACUGUGAGCAAGAGAAUCCAUGUUUGGGGGAGAUAGUCCGUGAAGCCAUCCGCCGCCAGAAAGAUUAUGCCUCCUGUGCCACAGCCUCCAAGGUGCCCAUCAUGGUAUGCCGUGGGGGCUGCGGCAGCCAGUGCUGCCAGCCCAUCCGCAGCAAGCGGCGGAAAUACGUCUUCCAGUGCACGGAUGGCUCCUCGUUCGUGGAAGAGGUGGAGAGACACUUGGAAUGUGGCUGCCGUGCGUGUUCAUGAGCCCCUCUGCCACCUACCCACCCACUGCCUCUCAGGCUCCAGCUCACUGGGCUGGGGACAGCCACACGGAACCUCUUUGAGAUUCAGAAUGAAGGAGAGAAAGCUGGAGAGGAAGAGGCAAAAGAGAGAAUAUUAAGUAUAUUGUAAAAUAAACAAAAAAUAGAACUUAUUUUUAUUAUGGAAAGUGACUAUUUUCAUCUUUUAUUAUAUAAAUAUAUCACAUGGUCUGAGUAUAUGUACUAUAUAGUGUGUUAUUUUUACCGAGUUUUGUUUUGUGUUGUGUAUUUGUUGUGUUUUUAUAAACAGCUGUUUAAAAUUUUAAGACAAAAUAAGACUAAUAAAAAUGUUUUAAACAAAAGGAUAAGAAUAGAGAAACGAUAGCCUGUCUGAGGCAGGAAGAGGGAAUUUUAUGUGUAUGUAGCUCUCUCAAGUCAGCAAAACCAAGAGCUAUUUCCUGAGCUGGGGGGAAUGGGGGGAGGAAGAGAGAAGGGAAGGUGGUUUUUGUUUCUCUGUGGUCUUCACUCCUCUUUUUCCUUCUUCCUUGCAAGGCUUCUCACAGUUCUGGCUUUCUAGGCCCAAUGUGCAAACUUGCUUCCCAAAAGCAGCUGGGCCUGAAAGCCUUGUUGCGGUUCAGAAGACUUGCUGCCCCUUGCCUAUCUGUCCCCUGAUAGAGAGCCCUGGCCUUGUUGGCCACUCCUGGUCUCUUGAGGGAGUUGACUCUGACUUUGCUGAGCAGCUGAGUCUGCUCUGCCAGAUAUGCAAGCAGCUGUUCUUUUCCAGCCACUCCCCAGGAAACAUGUCCUCUGAGGCAGGGAAAGAGGGAACCAUGAAGUCUCCCCAGACCCCAGGCACUGGCCCUGCCUUAAGUCUUCCUUCCAGCCAGUUUUAUUGGAGUACAAUACCAGAGAGCGGGCACUAAGACUGUCCAAGAACAAGACAGGGAGUGACAUCUGGCAUCUGGCCCCCUAAGCUACCUUCUCAUUGCCUAGGAACACCACCAUCCAGCACAUGUCUGAACCCCACUUAAUCCAACCCCUGUCUCUCUGGUGCAGUGAACCCUAUUUCUUAACUAAAGACACACGGGCCCCUCUCAGACUCCGUCACUUGCUUCGUGUCACCGUUUGAUAAGUAGAGGAGCCUGGCCUGGAGCAUAGACUCGGAACUCUAGAUUCCCCUCCAGGAUGAGAAUGCAGGUGUUUUUCCAGGCUGCCUCUUCUCUUUGGUUUGUUCAGUUUUCCCUUCUGCUUCUUCUGUAUCUAGGGAAUUUCUAGAGACAUGGACUGGGGCAUUCAGGAAAUAGCAAGCACUAUUGUGUAGCUUUAGACUGUUCCUGGAGGCCUUCUCUGAUCUCCCACGCCUUUCCCCCACCCUCCCCCCCACAGUACACGUGGCCAGCGUCUCAGCUGCUCACACCAACGCCCUGGCUCUGCUCACCUAUCCCCCUUUCUCAAGAACCUCCACUAUUGGAGUCUAAAGGAGAGUGUGGGACCUUCCUGCUCCGAGGGUCCCCUAAGGAGCUCAGCUACUCUGUGAGGACCAAUGGAGGGCCAGAAACUCAAAGAGUAAAGAAGGGAGAGAGAAAAGAGAGGAAGGUAGAGGGACAAGUGGAAGGCAGGGAAGGAUGGAGGCAUGUGAUAGAGAAAUCACUUUUGAACAAGCAUGUGAGUGUGCAUUGUGUCCCAGGGAUUGUACCUUAUGGUGGGUUUGUUAAAAAUGUUCAUAGUUAGACUUAGGUAGUGUUCACUGCAAUAUUCUCAGAUGUCACUGCAGUUGCAACCCAUAUAUUUAUUUAUUUAUAUGCAUAUAUCCAUUUAGUUCUCAAAACAACUCUGUGCAAAACUAUUACUAACCUACUUUACAGCUGAGUAAUCUGAGAUGGAGUAACUAAGGAUCUUACCUAAAAGUAGAUUGCUGAUAAGUUAUAGGAGCAAAGGUUUGAGCCCAGAAUCCAGAAGUUAAUCACUUAACCACUAUACCACACUACUUCUUGUAGGAAAGAAACACACUGUGCCUUUAAGGAUCCAACGGUCUGGGACACACACACAUCUUAAUGACAGUAUAGUGAGGGCAAUCCAGAGGAGGGCAUUUCCAAUCCUGAGUGUAUCAGUCAGGUAAAGAGUUGAUCAGUACAGGAAAAAAUAGUAAACAGUACUAAAAAGUAGUAAAAUGGGGACAGUCUUGGAAUGUUUGGUGAGCAGCCAGAGGCCCAUGGUGGUAGCAAUGUGGAAUGACCCCUGUAGGGCCGCAAGAGAUGGGGAAUGUGAAGUCAGGGUCCCACAAAAAAAAAAAGCCACAUGGCUAGGCCACAGAGAGCCAGAGACUUGGUGUGAUCAGGGCAAGAUGGUCUGACUGUGACAUAGAAUGAGGAGACAGACGUGUCUAGAUGAGAAAGCAGGCUUUAUUACUCCAAAUGGCCUCAGGGCUUCUAGUAGUCCACUUUGUGGCUGGCACACGCCAAUCUCAAGGAGAAUCUCAAAGUCUCUGCAAUAGCUCAGGAAUUCAGUUCUAGAGGUGUGCUAGGAUGUGCCCAAUGUUCCCUCCUGUCCCUCCAGGCCACCCAUCCCCAACAAAUGGGCCUGACCUUUAUUCCAUCACCAACCCCCCUAACUCGGGGAGGAGACACUGGGCUGUAAGCUUUCUCUCGGUGGCCACAAGGACCCCGCUGCUUCCUUCUUGCAUUCACUGUGUUCCUUUCUGAACCCAGCUGCAGUCUGCCAGGUCAGAAAGACCAGGUUCUGUUUCCAAGUAUGCCUUCAGAGCCUUCUCAGCUUUGAAAGACCUGACCUUACAAGAUGCCAACACAAAGACCAUCAAGAAAACCAUCCCCAGAAGGAAGUUCCUCUAAAACUGAAAUUUAGAAACUUUUUUCUUGAGAGUAGCCAGGUGCUAGGACCAGAAAAAUUCCAUGUACGGGAAGAGGUCAGGCAAUUUGCACUCUGAAAAGUAUGGUUUAAUGUUUGUAUGGGGGUAUACACUUGUAGAAGAGUCCACCUGCUCUGUUACCCCCUGAGCAGGGUCAGGAGAUAGAAGACCCCUUUUGGGUUCACUAGAUAGGGGGGACCUCCAGAUGGUUGAUGAAAUGCUACUUCUAAAAGCUCUGUGAAGUAUACAGCGAAGCCCUGAAAUAAGAUGUUGUCAAUACUGUUGUCAUUGAUGUUACUGACAUGCCAAACAGCCAUUUUUAAAAGAAAACUGUCUCUUCCAUCUCAUUGCAAGGAGUUGGAUGCUUCAGAAAAUGAAAUGGGGGUCAGCAAAAUAGAGGGGAGACACUCCCAGGGGAUCCUCAGGUACCCAGGAAUGACUAGACUGGGAUUGAGCCAGCCUUGCAUUCCCCAGACGUACUUCAAGCAGGAACCCUCAGCAGCAGAUGAGAUGCCCUUCAAAGAGUCACAGGAUCCCAGGUAGCAGGAUUGGGGGGACCCUUGGGGUCACUGUGCAUCAGCAAACAACGAUUGGAGAUGUGAAAUGGUAACUCCCACAAAUCAAAGUUAUGUGCUGAUUCAUACCUGAACACAGCGAGGGCUCCAAGAGGUCCCUGCAGUCAGUGACUCUCACUAUACCACAGUGGGCAUCCAGACAGAGCAAAGCCUGAGACUGAACAUAAUAGAAGUAUGUCCUCCACCUUCCCACAGCCACCUCCCCAGGUACUCAUAGAUGGCCCAGAAACUGGGAUGAGUGUCAUCUUUAGAGUCCCUCACCCAUAUUGUCAACUGGGAAUGUAAACAGCACCAUAGAAAACACUGGGACAAAACUAAUCAGACAAGGCAGAGUUAGCAUUUGGCAAAGCUUCUUUCUCUAAGUCAAUGGAUUUCUAAUAAGAAAAAUGUUUUGUUGGUUUUUUUUUAUUUAACAGUGUUACAAUGCCACUUCCUCAGUAUGAAACAAAUAAUGUGCAUUUCUUGCUUCAACAUUCUGCCAUCUUCUAACGUCAUUUAAAUAAACAGAUGUGUCACAGGGGAGUCCAUGGUGCUCCUGUGAAUGCAUAACUCAGCCUUA